AUGGGUACUAAGUCGAAGAAAAGAGCUGCUCCAGCUCCUACGCAUUCAUCGAAGAAACAAAAACUGCAGCAACCGAGCCGGCCUUCCAAGUCGGCCCAGACGAAAAAUAAGUCUCAAGAGAAAGGAAAAGAGAAGGCCUUCGAAAGAGAUGUGAUAGCGAUACCCAAUGCCGCUGAUGCAGAUACCGGGGACAGUGACGUUUCCGAUGCAGAUGCCGCUCUUGUACAGGAAUUUGGUGGUGCCAUCGAUUUUUUGCGUUCGUUGGAUCACAAAGCUAUUGCAAGGAGCAAAAAGGAAACGGAACGGCUGCAUCAGUUACACAAGCCCGUUCGUAAAUCUAGAGAUGACGAUCUACCACCCAUAGUAUCCGAUGACGACGAUGCUGGGGAUUCUUCGAGCUCCGUAGUUGAUGACAUUGAUUCAGACGAAGAGGAAUCUGAGGGCGAGCGCCAGAGUUUCCAAGGGUUCACUUCCGAUUCGGACGUCGAGAUGCCCUACGAACGUGUGCCAAGAAAACGCGACGCCUCCGUUGAAUCAGAUCGCCCACGACAGAUACAGGGAUUACCUAUCAAACUCGCAGACGGCCGAAUACAAGCAACCGGAAAGAUGACCGUGGCCCCGAUAUUAUCAGAAAGCGAGGACGACGAAGACAAUGAUGAGGUUUCUGCCAACGUUCCUACAGACGAAGCAGGUAAACGUGUCGAAGAUGUGGCUACCGGUGCACGUUUUGGUCGACCUGCUGUGGUAGAUGUGGUGGGCAACAAAUCGCGUGCAGCCCGAAUACACGGAGCGAAAGAGCAGAUUGCUAGCAUAUGUCAGGAAAUCAUCGCUGACCCGGAAAACAGCCUAGGGCUUCUUCGUCGGUUGCACACUUUCUCGAUCGAGAAAAUCACAUCUCCAGCGCACCCUGAACCUGUUGCGAACGACGCCAUGAUCCGAAAAUUGGCGAUGCUCUCCCAGUUGGCCGUAUUUAAAGACAUCAUACCUGGUUACCGCAUACGUGCGCUGACAGAAAAGGAGAAAGCGGAGAAAGUCAGCCAAAUGGUUGCUCAUACGCGUGAAUGGGAGCAAGGACUCCUUGUCGUCUAUCAGACUUAUCUCCGCACUCUGGAUAAUGCACUGAAGGCCAAGGACGAGCUGACUGAUAUCGCACUCAAGUGCAUGUGUACUCUGGCCACGGAGGUUACCCACUUCAACUUCCGUGCGAACCUCAUGUCGUGUAUCGUGGCUCGGCUAAGCAAGAAAAGUUGGGAUGAGUCGUCCGACCUUUGUCUCAAUACUCUGAUCAGCAUCUUCCGAAAUGACUUGACCGGCGUGCCAUCGCUAGAGAUUGUCCAGUUGUUGAAUAGGAUGAUUAAGGAGCGGCAUUUCAAGGUCCACCCUGAAGUCCUCAGUUGUCUCUUGCACUUGCGACUGAAGAGCGAGCUGAAUGUGCGAGCAUCAGAUACGAAGGUCGACACUGAAAGGCCUAAGAAACAUUCCCAAGGGAGAGCUGCGAGCCGCCGUGCCAAAGGCAAACCCACUGACCAACCUCAUUUGAGCAAGAAGGCAAAGAAGGCGUUUAAGGAAAGGAAGGAAAUAGAGAAGGAAGUACGUGAAGCAGAAGCGGAGGUCGAUAAGGAGGAACGGGCAAGGACGCAUACCGAAACUCUCAAGCUCUUGUUCAUGUUGUACUUCCGCAUCCUCAAGAAUCCUCAUCCGACACCUCUACUUCCUGCGGCCCUGAGGGGUAUUUCCAAGUUCGCACACCUUGUCAAUGUCGAUUUCUUCAAAGACCUAAUGCAGGUUCUGCGGGGGCUUAUCGUCCGAGAAUCCACAGGUGAAGGCGAUUCCGAGUCUCCGGACUGGGAUACCGCAGAUAAUGCGGCAGAUAUCCUGAAUCGAUUGCUCUGUAUUGUGACCGCCUUCGAGCUCCUUUCAGGUCAAGGUGAAGCCUUGAACAUCGACCUCAGUGAUUUUGUCAAACACCUAUAUGCGAUAAUACUCCCCGUCAGCUUGCUACCGCAGAUCGAUGCCCCUCCACCGACCAAAUUCGCUUCGAAUUUCCGAAUAUCGAAGCCAGAAAGUAUCGCCGACAUGCUCUUUAGGGCUCUAAACAUCGUUUUCUCCCCACGUUCAUCCGGAGGCACAGUUAUUCCCUGGCGCUCCGCCGCUUUUGCCAAACGCCUGCUAAUCGCAUCGAUCAAUUGGCCACCGAAUGUAACGUUACGCGCUCUGGAAUUUAUCGAAGCGCUCGUUGCCAAAGAUCCAAAACUGGAAGCGCUCCUGUCAACCGAGGAUCGGAGCACGGACGGCGUCUACCUUCCGCAGGUUGAUGAUCCGCAGCUUAGUCGACCGUUCGGGACGUCGUUUUUUGAGCUUUUACUGCUUCAGCAAUGCCAUUAUGACUCGGGAGUACGGGAGGCUGCCCAGAGGCUUUCUAGGUGCACGAACAGAUGA